AUGAGUGGACUGAUUUCAGAGAAAGACCCAGGUCACGACUACUAUUUUGGUAGCUACUCUCACUUCUAUAUUCAUGAGGAGAUGCUUAAGGAUAAGGAAAGAACUCUAGCAUACAAGAGAGCCAUUGAGAGAAACUAUAACGACUUCAAGGGAAAGAUUGUGAUGGAUAUUGGCGCAGGUACAGGUAUAUUGAGUAUAUUUGCAGCUAGAGCUGGUGCAGCUCAUGUGUACGCUAUUGAGAAUGCUGAGAUUGCACAUUACGCUAAGGAAAUCAUCAAGAGAAACGGGCUAGCAGAUAAGAUCACAGUUUUAAAGGGAAAGAUGGAGGAACUCACUAUUCCAGUGCCAAAGGUAGAUAUUAUCAUCUCAGAAUGGAUGGGAUACUUCCUGCUUUACGAGAGCAUGCUAGACACUGUUCUAUGGGCUAGAGACAAAUACCUUGUUGAAGGAGGAAAGAUGCUUCCAGACAGAGCAAAGAUCUACUUAGCAGCAAUUGAGGAUGGCCAGUACAAGCACUCAAAGACAACCUUCUGGGACGAUGUUUACGGAGUUGAUAUGUCUUGCAUGGCAACAUAAUGCAUCAAGGAACCAUUGAUUGAUACUUGCAAUGGAGAUAUGAUUAUUUCAGAUUCAUGCAAGAUUCUUGAUCUUGAUUUAGUGAAGAUGGAUAAAGGCGAUGUUGAAUUCACCUCAGAAUACGAAUUAAAGUUCAUUCACAGUGAUAAAUGUCACGCCUUAGUUGCUUGGUUCGAUACUGACUUCGCUGAUCUAGAAAAGCCAAUUACUCUAACUACAUCCCCCUACUGCACCCCUACUCAUUGGAAAUAAGUCGUAUUCUAUCUAGACAAUGAACUCACAGUAAAGAAGGGUGACGUCUUAAAGGGAUCUAUUGCUGUUAGAAAGAGUAAGGUUAACUUCAGAGAGCUAGAUAUUAAGAUAAGCUAUCAUUUCGAUUCUCCCCAAUGCACUGAGCAUUUUGUUCAAUUGUACAAAAUUAAGUGA